AUGACUUCUUCUGCUGCGUCCAAGAAGCGCGAUCGAGAUAGCGAGAACAGUCCUGCAGAGCAGUUUGGGAAGGGUGGCGAGGAGGGAAUAUCGACGACGAACUUCAGGAACGUGUCGGCGUGUAAUAGGUGUCGGACUAGGAAGAACAAGUGUGAUCAGAAGUUACCGCGAUGCAGCGGAUGCGAAAAGGUCAACGUCAAGUGCGUAGGCUUCGACCCGGUCUCACGGCGGGCGAUACCACGCAGCUACGUCUACUAUUUGGAGUCCAGGGUGAGGAGUCUUGAGCUCUUGCUUCAAGACAACAGCAUCCCGGUGCCGCUACCUGAGGACAACUUUGCCAUAGAUGGUUCAAUACAGCCAGGACACAACGUCCCAUUCCCGGUCCUGGAUGAGGAUCCACAUACAGCAGGUGGUGCUGAAGCACCUGUGCCAGAAGAUGCUCAUCCGAAUCUGGAUCCUGCGCUGCGGCAGCCGGAUGAUCAGCUGAAUCGGCUGGUCAGCGACGUGGGCAUGGUGUCUGUCCAAGGCACGUCAGAGUCUAGAUACCUCGGAUCUACUUCUGGCAUCUCGUUUGCUCGAGUCGUCUUCGCUGCGGUCAAAAGCUCAGUCACGCAGACACCGUCCGAAAAGGGAGGAAGGAGGCUUUCGAAGGCACCGAUAAGCGAUUCGGCUGGUGGUGGUGGCACGACCAUGCGAGAUUCAUUCUUCGGCCUGCACACUAAGCCAACUAUAACGCCCGCGCCGUUCCCAGAGAAGGCCGUGGGUGAGCGACUAGUCAGGCUGUACUUCGAAUUCGCCAAUCCUCAGAUUCCGAUCCUUCAUCGGGUGGAGUUCGAAGCGCUGCUGAACCGGGUGUAUGCUACCGAACCGGACAAGAGAACACCUCGAGAGCUUUAUCUGGUCAAUGUUGUUUUCGCUAUUGGAUCUGGUAUCAUCAUGGAUUCUGCUGAGACCGAGGACAAUUUUUCUGCCACAGGGUCGCCUGUGGAUGCCGAUUCUCCUGCUUCCAAACGUCAGAAGAUGAACAGACAGCAGUAUCAGCCAGAGGAGUACCACUCAAGUGCGGUGGUGCACCUCGAAAGCUUCCUUGGAUCCUCGCCUGCCGUUGAGGGCGGCGGUGGAGGCCUGGAAGAGUUGCAGGCUGUGUUACUGCUGGCUAGUCUGGCACUGCUGCGGCCCGUUGCUCCUGGCCUGUGGUACAUCAUAGGAGUUGCGGUACGGUUGGCCGUCGACCUCGGCCUGCAUUCCGAGGACAUCGAUCAGAGACUUGACAAUUAUGUGGUCGACCCAAAAUCUGCAGCGUCAAAAGCUACAGGUCGCAAGCAAUGGACACGGGACCUUCGGAGACGUCUUUGGUGGUGUGUCUACACCUUCGAUCGCCUGGUCUCCACGUGCGUUGGUCGUCCAUUCGGCAUCACUGAUCAGGUGGUGACUACUGAGUUCCCGAGCAUGCUGGAAGACAAAUACAUCACCACCAAUGGUUUCCUCGUUGCGCCUUCGGAGGUCAAGGUACCGAGUUAUAAGCUGGUCUCUUGUCACUACUUCCGUCUUCGCCUGCUGCAGUCCGAGAUCCUGCAGGUCCUGCAAGCCCGACAAGCGGAGAAAGCGAGGAUGCUAGGUGCCAACCAGUACAACACCUACAUGAACAAGGGCCUGACCUCUCCGUUCUUGCAGAAGUUCGACAGCUAUCGUGAUUGGCGCAAAGAUGUUGACCGACGUCUGUGGGAGUGGAAGGAGUCGGCACCGCAGCAAGCAGAUACGGGCGUGGCCUUCAAGCCCUUGUUUCUGGAGCUGAACUACUACCAAGCCAUCAUCAUGCUCUACAGACAGUCACUCGCGGUACCAGAACAGCUUGCCAGCGAGAUGAGUCCAUCAACCGGCAACGACGUACACAGCCCGGGAGCCUUGGAAAGCGAAGCGAAGGAUGACGAGCAAAUGGUCUUUAUGAAGGUCGCUCAGGCUGGUCAGAUGGUCUUGAAGCUGUACAGGCAGCUGCACAGGCUCAAGCUGGUCAAUUAUACAUUCCUGGCGACUCAUCAUUUGUUCAUGAGCGGCAUCUCGUUUCUGUACGCUAUCUGGCAUUCGCCGCUCGUCAGGUCACAGCUCUCGCCGGAAGAUGUCGAUUACACCGUCCUCUCAGCUACAUCAGUACUUGGUGACUUGACAGAGAAGUGUCCGCCAGCGGAGGCCUGCCGAGACGCAUUCGUGCGCAUGAGCAAGGCUACCGUAGCCAUGGCUGAAAGAACGACUGGCUUCGGGACGCAGUCCACUCUCAGCUCGCGCCCAUUACACGAUCCACACAACUAUUUCGAGAACGCCUUCGGUGCAGGUCAACGAGCCGCUACUCCAGAAGCUGCAUCGCGACCACCCAAGCGGAAGACGACGAUGCCGAAAUUCGACAUGAACCUGAAAGACCUUUUCGAUGACGAGGAGAUUUCGAAUCGUCCAUGGAAGCACCAGAUGAAGUUGCACGGCUUCCCGCAAAGAUCGAAACAGUCCACCGAGCCACCACCCGCCAACUACGCAGCACCAUUAUCCAGCAGCAUACCGCAACAGACACCUCAAUACAAUGACCCGCAACCCAGUCCUGCACAGACGUAUGCAUCCACGUCUCCCUCACAAAGCAUGCACCUCGGCCUCUCCAAUCAGCAACCCUACGCCCCCUUUGCGGAGACAAUAUCUCAAGCACAACCGGACUUCUCCUGGGAUGACAUGAGCUUCCUCGAUACCUUCCCAGUCUCUGAUCCAACGCCAGGCAGCUGGGGUGGCUGGUCGACUGGAGGUAUGAACGAGCUCGAUCUUGGUUUUGGGACGGGCGGGACAGGGAGCUAUGAUACGGACGGCAAUUGGGAUCCGAGUGGCAUUGAUAUGUUCAAUGGUUUCUUCUUUGGGAGUGAUGGUGGUAACGCUUUCUGA